AUGAGAGGUUUAAUAUGCUAUUCCUUAUAAGUCUAUUUUAUAUCAAAACAGGUUUAUUUUUAUUUUUAUUAAUAAUAUUUUCAGCUAAAAAAGCAUAUAUCUUUCGUCAACACAGUCGUAGGAGGCAAAGAAGAAGCCAAAGAAGGCCAUUUGCUUCUCCCAUGGGAAGACUACAAAGAAAAAGCCAAAGAGCUCAAUAUAAAAGGCAGCAUUACUGACGUCCUAAAAGACGCGAUUUUAGAAAUUUCUAAUAAUGAGAAAAAUCUUCUGAUAUUUCGGAGCAACAAAGAGACCAGCUUUUUUGAGUUUAAUUUAGACGAAAAAAUUGAGGUAAUUACUGAGGUGUUGAAAGUUGAUACAAAUUUAAGAGAAUUGUUCAGAAAUUUAGUCCCAAGGUGCACAUCAGAAGAGCUGUUUUGGAAAAGCUACUUUUAUAAUGUAGAAAGGGUCAAGGAAGAAAUUUUGAAUAAAUUUUCAGGGAAAAAAGGAGACACUGAGCUUGAUGAUGUACAUAAGGAGUUGAUGGAUGAGUUAGAAAAAGAGCUAAAAGCUGAUAUUGAAAAAAAGCCUCUAAGAGCAAGAAUUAAAGCAAAAAAUGAAGUUCAAGAGCUGAAGGAUGAGCUGAGAAAAGCAUUGGAAAGGAUUGAAAAAUUAGAAGAAAGAGUUAGAAAGCUGGAAGGGGAGGAGAAUAAAAUUGAGGUUGAAGAGGAGAAAAAAGAAGAAAAGAUCGAAGACAUGAAGGACAUUGAAGCAGCAUUUUUAAUUGAGGAUGAAAAUUUAGAGCCUGAAUAA